AUGGAGAAGCUCAGCGACGACUUGAAUCUGUCUUUCUUACUCGAGCAUGAACGAGACAUGAUCCUCAAAGUGCUGCAGAAAGAUGAGAAGCUGAGGAAGCGAGAGGAGAAACGCAUACGAAAGCUGAAGAACGAGCUGCUGGAGAUCAAGCGUAAAGGCUCUCAAAGGCCUCGGGAUGGGGGGGAGCGACAGUGCGGACGCUGCCUCAAGAACCUGGGGCUGAUUUUUGACCGAGGAGAACUCUGCGAGGAGUGCCAGCUGCGGGUCUGCAACGACUGCCGCAGCGCUGCCCCCUCUGGACGCCAGUGGAGGUGCAGCGUGUGCGCCAAGAUGCUAGAGCUGAAAGUGGUGACGGGAGAGUGGUUCAUGGAGGAGAGGUCGAAACGCUUUGACGAGGGGCUUUUGAGCAGCGAUGUGAUAAAGCAGAACAUUCUCAGCAGCCCCGCCGUUGCAGACAAAAGGUCCACCGAAACUUCUCCGGGCUCCACUGAAACGGAGAGGUCUGAGACGCCCAAGUCGACCAAAUCGUCCAAAUCUGCCAAAAGUGCAGUGCGUCAUGUUGUGGACGGGGUCAGAAGGAAAGGUAAGAUGAAGAUGGAUAAACGGGGCAGUCGGCCAAACCAAAAGCCCGAGAACGGAGUGGACGGCGUGAGUCUGAAAUCUGCCUCAGAAGGAGACGCUCGCAGUCUGCACAGCACUCGCUCUGCUCCCACUCCUCGCUCCAGAGGCAGCGUGGUGGCCUUGGAGUCUUCGGGAACACCAACAAUACUGAACAACCUUCGCUCACAAACUCCGGACCGAACAUCCACGCCCGGCAGUGACGUGCGGAGGGUCAGGCCCGACGGAGCGGAGAGCGUGGCCAGCGUUCACUCCAACGACAGCGCCUGCCCAAAGAAAGCAGAGGCCAAUCACUGCGCAGAUCCAGACGCCCCCGCCAUCUCCGUGUCCAGGGCGUCUGUGUCUUCAGAUCACAGUCGCUCUGAGAUGGACCUGUCGGCUCCAGCCUCUGAACCCAGUGAGGACGCCUUCAGCCUGAGAAGCCGCUCCAUCCCUGGGCUCAACGAUACCGAGUUUUCUGACGAGGAAGAGGACAUAGACGCUCUGAUGUCGGCUCACAGCGGCGCCACCGGACAUCGUCUCAGCAACACGUUGUCCACGUCUUCCACCCCGGCCUCAGAGCGACGCUGGAGCUAUCUCAAUGUCCCAGACUCGGACGCUGAGACUAGCAGUAUCAAUAGCAUGAUGAGCAUGUACAGUGAGACCGGUGACUAUGGCAACGCCCGGGUGAGCGGCGAGAUCCUGCUCCACAUGAGCUACAGCUACAAGACCGGAGCGCUGAAUGUGAUGGUGAAGGAGUGCCACAACCUGGCAACCGGAGACGACCGGCGGCAGCGCACCGACCCAUAUGUCAAAACCUACCUUCUCCCUGACACGUCCCGUCAGAGCAAGAGAAAAACCUCGAUCAAAGCCAACACCAUAAACCCCGUCUACAAUGAAAACCUUCGGUACGUCAUCAGCCACUCGCAGCUGGAGACCCGGACUUUGCAGGUCUCCGUCUGGCACCACGACCGCUUUGGGCACAACAGCUUUCUGGGUGAAGUGGAGUUAUCCUUUGAUUCCUGGGAGUUCGACACCCAGAUAGAGGAGUGGUACUCGCUCCAGCCCAGGAUGGAGAACUGCAUAGACGCCACAAUGCAGUACAAAGGGGAGCUGACGGUGGUUUUGAAGUACAUUCCGGCGGAGAAGAAUCUUGCGCUGCCUCUGGAUCAAGUGCAACAGGGUUCGGGACGAUACGGAGAUGACGAAGAUUUCUAUUCUCACAGAUAUAAAGGGACGCCAUGGUGCGCUCCGAUCAAAGUGAAGCACGGCGAUGUGCGCUGCCGCACUCCGCGAGGAGAACACUACAAGAACGUGAUGGGGACGCGCUGCAAGAUCCACUGUAAGAGAGGAUACGAAGUCAUGAGCCCAGAGGUGGUGUGCAUGGCCAGCAAGCACUGGUCCUCCAACUACGCCUGCAGCGAGGUCAGAUGUCCAAAGGUGGAAAUGCCCAUCAAUGGUGGCUACAAAUGCUCUGGAGGCUCCUACUUCAACUCUCGCUGUGAGUUUUUCUGUUCGGUGGGAUUCACCCUGAAGGGACAGAAGAUAACCACCUGCCAGCACACCAAGACGUGGAGCUCCGCGGCGCCCACAUGUGUCGAUAUUGAUCCUCCCAAAAUCAAAUGUCCCACCAUUAAAGAUAAGUGGGCGGAGCCUGGAAAGCUGACAGCGCGGGUGUCCUGGGACACUCCGGAGGGCAUGGACACUGCAGAUGGUGUCUUGACAGAUGUUGAGUUUAAAGGGAGGCCCCCAAAAUCUGACUUUCCAGAAGGACUCCACAAAAUGUCAUACACUGUGUUUGAUCGAGCGGGAAACAAGGGCAGCUGUCGCUUCACUGUCAGAGUGAGAGUGCGCCGCUGCAGCCCACUGUUCCCUCCAGACAACGGCCACAUGAAGUGUGACAGCGACAAAGACAACUACGGAGCCAGCUGUGACUUCAAAUGCAGCGGGGGCUUUGAUCUCCAGGGCAGCGCCGCCAGAGUCUGCCAGUACGGCCUCACCUGGUCGGGCUCAGACACCACCUGCACACCGAUGAACAUAAACGUUGGCGUGCGCUCGGCAGCUGCUCUCCUGGACCAGUUUUACGAAAAGAGGCGUCUGCUCAUCAUUUCUGCCCCUACAGCUGCAAACCACAACUACCGCUUCCAGAUGACUAACCUGCAGCCUGCACAGUGCGGCCUGGACCUGAGGCAUGUGACGGUGAUCGAACUCGUGGGGACGUAUCCGGCUCAGAUCGGGCGAAUCCGACACAGACUGCUGACCCCAGGACUGGCCCUUCAGCUCAGGCUCCUGCUGCGCAUCCCCCAGCGCUCCUUCCAAAUGCUGCUGAUGGACAAGCAGGGCAUGGACAAACAGCGCUACCCGUUCCCCGUCACCGCGGCCGAGCUCUUCACCACCAUCGACACCUUCCCACUGCGCAAAGACGAGAUGGUGCUUCAGCAGGAGGCGGGACAGAGCUGCCAAUCAUAG